AUGUCAUUAAAAAAUACAAAAUCAGCAGGCUAUGAUGGAUUGUCUAUCAGUACACCGAAAAGAUGCAUAGACAACAUAUCUGAUGCCAUGGCCACAGCAGUAAAUGAUGUAAUUGCAUCAGGUUGUUUCCCAGAUAGUCUAAAGACAGCACAAGUAACCCCGAUUUACAAGAAAGGUGAUAAAUCUAAAACUGAAAACUACCACCCCAUCUCAAUCUUACCAGCAUUUUCUAAGGUAGUUGAGAAAGUUAUUUAUACUCAACUAAUGACAUUCCUGAGUCAACACAAUUUAAUAUUUGAAAAUCAGAAUGGCUUUAUGAAAAACAAGUCAACAUCAAAAAAUUUUCAUAAUAACGUUAUUGCAAUUGUUUUGAAACAUGCUAUUACCACUAUAUAUAUUACUAAACAAAUUAGUCUCUAG